UUCUCUUUCUCCUUCUCUCUCUCUCUCUCUCUCUCUCUCUCUCUGUCCUCCACCAUGAGUCGUUUCCUGUCUAAGUUGGACCCCAGGCGUGUCCAGUGGAGGGCAUUUAGCUCCCGUGUGCUCCGCACCAAGCCGGUGGAGUCCAUGUUGGAGAGUGAGAGCAGCACUAAAUUGGCACGUGUCCUGACGACCUUUGACCUCGUCUCCCUCGGUGUUGGCAGCUGCGUCGGUACGGGAAUGUAUGUCGUAUCCGGGCUCGUUGCUAAGGAAAUGGCCGGCCCAGGGGUGAUCGUGUCCUUCAUCAUUGCUGCCGUGGCCUCCAUCCUGUCAGGUGUGUGUUACGCCGAGUUUGGUGUGCGUGUGCCGAAGACGACGGGUUCCGCGUACACCUACAGCUACGUAACGGUGGGCGAGUGUGUGGCCUUCUUCAUCGGCUGGAACCUGAUCCUGGAGUAUCUGAUCGGCACGGCGGCCGGAGCGAGUGCUCUCAGCAGCAUGUUCGACUCGCUCGCUAACCACAGCAUCAGCUCCUUCAUGAUCAGCCAUGUGGGCACGCUCAAUGGCCUCGGUAAAGGUGAGCUGGCGUACCCUGACAUCCUGGCUCUCAUCAUUGCCGUCCUCGUCACGGCCAUCGUGGCUUUGGGAGUGAAGAACUCCGUCGGCUUCAACAACGUCCUGAACAUUAUCAACCUGCUCGUCUGGGUCUUCAUGAUGAUCGCCGGGUUUUUCUUCGUCGACAGCUCCAACUGGGACGGAGGACGAUUCCUGCCUUUCGGCUGGUCAGGGGUGAUGCAGGGCGCGGCCACGUGUUUCUACGCCUUUAUCGGCUUCGACAUCAUCGCUACGACAGGAGAGGAGGCGAAGAGUCCGAACACCUCCAUCCCCUACGCCAUUACAGCAUCACUCAUCACCUGUCUCACUGCCUACGUCUCUGUGAGUGUGAUCCUCACCCUGAUGGUGCCCUACACCCUGAUCGACGCCGACGCCCCCCUGAUGGAGAUGUUCUCUGUGCACGGGUUUUACUCGGCCAAGUACGUGGUGGCUUUCGGCUCCAUCGCCGGACUCACCGUCAGUCUGCUCGGCUCGCUCUUCCCCAUGCCACGAGUCAUCUACGCCAUGGCGGGGGACGGCCUGCUCUUCAGGUUCCUGGCUAACGUGAGCUCGUACACGGAGACGCCGGCGGUGGCGUGCGUGGUGUCGGGUUUCCUCGCCGCACUCCUCGCUCUGUUGGUGAGUCUGCGCGAUCUGAUCGAGAUGAUGUCCAUCGGCACGCUGUUGGCCUACACGCUCGUCUCCGUGUGCGUGCUGCUGCUGCGCUACCAGCCCGAAAGCGACAUCCACGGCUUUGUCAACUUCCUGUCUGAACAGGAAGUGGCCAGGAAGACGGAGAGCGAAGAGAAGGACGAGUACGAAGAAGGUGAUGAGUACAACGUCGAUGACGGUGGUGGGUGCAUCUCGAAAAACACUUGCGGCGCCAAGAAUCUCCCGUCGCUAGGCGACAACGAGAUGCUAAUCGGGAAGUCGGACAAAACCAAGUCUAGCUACGCGGCUAAUCAUCCGAACUACGGCACCGUGGACAAAUCGACCGGGAUCGAGUCUGAUGAGACAGAAAAUGCCUACGUGCAGAAGCUAAAGAGGCUAAUGGGGCCACGUUAUUACACGCUGCGGAUCCGGCUGGGUCUUCCGGGAAAGAUGGACCGUCCCACAGAGGCCACGGGCCGGACGGUGACUCGCUGCGUUCUCCUGCUCUUCGUCCUCGUCUUCGCCUUCUGCUCGCUGAUCACGUUCGGCACGGACUUCAUCUCUGAGGGACAGUGGUGGGCCGUGACGCUGCUUGUUCUGCUGGUGAUCUCCAUCUCGCUGCUCGUCUUCAUCAUCGUGCAGCAGCCGGAGAACCCGAAGCGUCUGCCCUACAUGGCGCCCUGCGUGCCGUUCGUCCCCGUCUCGGCCAUGUUGGUCAACGUUUAUCUCAUGCUCAAACUCUCCGGAAUCACCUGGAUCCGCUUUGCCGUCUGGUGCUUCAUAGGUGUGCUGAUUUAUUUUGGCUACGGAAUGUGGAACAGCACGCUGGAGAUCACGGCUCUGGAGGAGGAAGCUCAUGCCAGCACGUACCAGCGCUACGACAUGGGCGUCGACGAUAACCUCGCUGUAGAUGACAACCUUUGCCCUCCGGGAGACCGCAAACCCCAAAGCAGGACCGAGAAGCAGAACUGCAACUCAGAUGACGUUUCAGAUCCCAAAAAGUCCUCGUCGUCCCGCGGCAGAGCUAAAACCAAGAACGUGAAGACCACCUUCGAGGCUCUGGUGGUGGACGAGGACUUGGACGAACCGCUGGAAUGAAGAAAGUCUAAAAACACUUGGGCUAGAUGCUUCUCCAAAGUUUUAUUCCGCUUCCUGACCUAUUUAUCUGUUUUUCAUUUGUGUUUUUAACCUUAACUACCGACCAGAAAAAGGAAUUAUAUUUCUAACAGGCCUACUGCAUUCCUUUGCUCUUUGCUUGCUAUCACACACUCCAAAGACGGGCCGGUAAUUACAUUACUCCAUUCCUUCUCUGGAUUUGUAUUUCUUUCAUUUUAAUGUCUCUCGAACUGCAGUAACGAAUGCAUUGUUUAUCUCAUGCUAGCUCGCUAAUUAUCAAAGUUGAACAGCUUUUUCUGGGGAAAAAACCCAGAGUAAUUGUAACUUCUGUGAGAAGUUUCCAUUGGCGUAGGCAGAUUGGCGUUGGCGUUCGACUAGAAUAAUUUCUGAUAUUCUGCUAACACGUAAACACGACAUGAUGAAAUUUAGCGAGUUAGCGUCCAGGGAUUCUCCUCCCGGUGGACCGUUAAUGACUUUCUGAGACCGAGUACCAGAUAAAGACUAAUGAAGUGCGGAAGAGGAAGCCUAAAGGCAGCCAAUCACACGUCAGAUCUGCUUAAUGAAUUCAUCAACAUUAACGAUUAUCGUGAUGAGGUGUUGCUCCGUGUACGCUGCGUUUUUGGUUUGAAAUCAAAAUGGGAAAACAGCUUUUUGUUUCGUUUUUGUUUUUCUCUUGGCGUGCACUAAAAUAGCUCAUAAAAUUAAUUUUAGAAACGAAAACAUUAACCCGCUUUUCAUUGUUUCCACUCGACGCAAAGUCUAGAAAUCAAAUAUUCACAAGUAUUCAAAUGUGAAAAAAAUGUACACAUGGAGGUGAUGUAAGAUCAUUACUAUCUUGUAUGAUCAUUACUAUACUAGUUGUUAAAAGCUUUGUGAUUUUGAGCUGAUGUUAGUUAGCGCUUCGGUUAACGUCUGUGUAUAACUGGGCUGGUUAGCGUUAGCUAAAUAUAAUGAACAUUUGAUUUCAAUUAUUAUUAAUAACUCAAAACUAAUCAAAAUGAAUCAGUCAUUUUAUGGAAAAAAAAAAGAAUACAUUUUCAGUCGCUCCAGGAUUUUUGCGAUCGCAGAAAUCGAGCAAACGCGGCAAUAUUCGGAAUUUUCAAAAUGACCGCGUCAUAUGACGUCGUCACGACGUGUGUUCAGCCAAAGCCGCUUUCGAUUCACGAGUGCAGCCAAAAGGUCUCGUUUACCGACAAACAUCACUGUGCAAGAGCGCGCAGAACUAUUCCGUGAAAUCGCGAUAUGUAGCUUUCUGCAAACACACACACACACGCACACACACACACACACACACACACACACACACACACACACACACACACAAAAACUCUGCAAAUUGCAUCGAAAAUUAAAAAAAAAAGAAAGCUGCAGUACAGUCCAGCGUUUUUACAAUUGCAGCAAUCACAAAAUAAAAUCUGCGAAAUCCUGUACGGAGUGAGUUUCCUAUUUUGGUGAACGCCAAGAAAGAAAAAAAAACUCAAAUAAAAAGUUGUUUGCUUGUUUUCCCCUUUUCAUUUUGUACCAAAAAACAGCGUCCACUGACCAGCGUGCCGCAGUUCGGAGGUAACAUCGGUAGGCCCGGCGCAUCAUCACUUCCUGUAGCAGAAGCGUUCACAGAGCUUCAGGUUUAUUGUUUAAAACUCCACGCGGAGAUGAAACAUCUGAUCUAAACAGGUGAUCAGACUACGAUGGAUUUCUGCGUUCUCUUCUUACGUUCGUUUUCACUUGAAGGUGCCGAAACCAAAAACUCAAAUCUCACUCGUACGCUCUGAGAUGAAGUCGUUCUGUGCUACUGACUGUUUUUAUUUAUUUAAAACCUCGUAUUAGAAUCUUUCAUCCACAACAUCUAGCCCAAGAUGUUGCCGUGGCUCGAGACAGCCACGAGUUUGCUUGCGAUUAGUGCCUUCAUGCGUCUCUGGUCACGACUGCUCAUGCUUACCGACGUGUGUGUUGGUGUGUGUUGGUGUGUGUUUAUUUCUUUUGGUACGAUGAAAACGGAAUGAAUGACACGUGCGUCUUUAAUCAUUCCUGAAAUGUGUGCUCAUUCGUGCCUGCCAUGUUCCACCAUUUCCUCACCAGCUCCGUGUGCUAGCACUGCGCUAAACACGCCUCUGAUCUCACGCCGCACUCGUGCAGAUUCGAGCCGGUGGAGUUUGUACGAAGCAUGACUCCGCCCCUCAUUCAGAACUUCACCAUUCACCAGUCAUACAGUAUGUUUUUAAGGAAAGCACAGAGAUCAUGUUGGUAGGUUUACUCCGGGCGCAGUGGAUCAGCGAGGAUAUGAUCCAGGUUUAAAGUCACGGGGCCCAAAGCUAAACUCGUAACUCAUUCCACCGUAAGAGGCCUUACGUUUUUCAGUUUAGAACAAACAUACAUGUCCGAAUAAACUAAAGAUAUUAGUGAGUACAGAUGGUUCAAUUAAGGAUUAAUAUUCUCUGUUCAGUUCCACAGAGGCCUGGGUCUGGACACGCUGCGCUGAGUUGUUCCACGCAAUGCAUCUGUAAUGUACAGAGCUUUAUUUCAGGUCUUGGGCAGUUUGUGUGUGUGUGUGUGUGUGUGUGUGUAGUUUCUUGUCCAUGUAGCAUGUGGAAAUUAAACUUGCGUCGCUGAGUAAUUUGCAUGUGUGAGAAACCACAAUGAGGCUGUGUUCCAUUACUGUUUUUAAUGCGCCCUUGCUGACUUCCCAUUGGUCCGUACGAGAUCGAGUGACACUGAUGAGAUGAGGGAUCGAGUCGGUGCCGGUCCUGGUUUUAGUCACUGAAAGGGGCGGAGCUUAAGUUAGCUUUCCGUCACAUCGCAGCAAUUUGCCAAUGAUUACUUUUUUUAACUUUACUAAGAGUGACAUAGGUUUUAUCCGUUUAUAGUUACAUUGAUAGUUUAAUGUUGUGGAACGCCUGGGAAAUGCAGAUGUUGACAUUUCUGUGGACUGUGGAUUUCUCUGUGUAUAUAUGUAGGAACUGCGCGAAGAGUUAUUGCUCGGGAGUUAGCAUGUGGGCCAGUAAGCGAGCAAAACACCACAGCGUGCUGGAAGUGCACACUCCUGUGGAAUAGACGAUGCACACUUUAGAGUGAACGAGGGUGCGCUGAAAGCGGUUUGGGACGCAGAGUGUGACGCAGCAAUUCCUCCUGUUUACAAAGCCAAAUUCUGCCGACCGCCAUUUUCCUUAACAAUCGGAUAUAAAAUGGUGUCUGAGGAUUUUUUUACGGUCGUUUCAUAAAGAGUUUUAACGCCAACGCUUACAGGAAGAAACCCCAAACCUCUGAGUGCACGAACGCCUGGUUCUGUUUUAUCAUUUACCAUUCUCUAAAUACUGUCACCAUCCUUCACUCAGCAUGGUGUGUUCUGAUAGGAUGAGAGCCGUACAGUGUGUCCUUAUUGGCUGAGAGCAGUACGGUGUGUUCUGAUUGGCUGAGAGCAGUACGGUGUGUUCGGACUGGCUGAGAGCAGUACGGUGUGAUCUGAUUGGCUGAGAGCAGUACGGUGUGUUCUGACUGGCUGAGAGCAGUACGGUGUGUUCUGAUUGGCUGAGAGCAGUACGGUGUGUUCUGAUUGGCUGAGAGCACAGUGUUGUUGUGUUUAUAUUUUUGAAAAUAUACAGUUAUAAAAGUAUAGUUGUUUCAGAAUUGAUGGCAUCUUCAAUAUCACCAUUAGUGAAUUAUUUCGAACCGUAUUUGGCACAUUUUUUGAGAAUUUCAUUGCAGUUUGUGGUUUUUAUCAACUUUUUACUGUUCAAUGUUUGAGACUAAAGUGUGAAACGUUCCCAUAAAACCACACUGAUGGGACGUUGAAGGAUUUCAAUUAGAGCUGCCUGCUGAUGAUGUCAUAACGGGCGUCACACCAUCUGACCGAUCAGCAGCUUCGCUUCAAAUCACACUCUUCAGAAAAGACACGAUACAGACUACACUAUAAUAUCAGGCUUUAAAUGAAUGAAUUAGCGAAAGCUAAAAGACGGGUUAGCUACGUCUAGCUAUCAUGGCGAUAGAGCCCUGACAGGAUGAACAGUAUCGGUGAAGAAAGCGUCGGAUUAGUGUUUGAUUACUGAUAAAAAUAAAACCGCUCCCGCUCCAGGAGUGCACUCGGACGUUUGGGAAUGAAGGUGUGUAUUUUUAAAGAGCUCUUUCAGUAAAUUUAAGUGUGGGUAUGGACUGUAGUUUGUUCGAGACUCGAGCACUGAGACAGCGUUUCGAACAGAACCGGAGAUUGUGUAAAGGAAUAUUUUAUUACGGAUCUAUUUUAGAAAGAAAUUAGCCACUGUUAGCACUAAGACUUGGCUAGCGUUUAUUUGAUCUAUUUCCUGUUGACGAUACACGCUGCGCAUUGUUGUGUUUGUUGCACAGAGUGUGUGUCGGGUGUGUGUUGUUCGGGUGAGAUCAGCUUCCCGGUGUAAACUUGGUCUUUUUGGAUGUUAUUCUUGUAAGAUUUUAAAUUAUUUAAAAGAAAAAAAAGGCCAAAAUAUAUAUCUAUAUAUCUAUCUAUCUAUAUAUCUCAUUUUGUUGUUUUUUUUUGUUUGUUUGUUUGUUUGUUUGUUUGUUUGUUUGUUUCACCAUUUGUGGUCCUGCUACCGCGUCACAUUGUGUGAUGAUGUUGUCAUGGCAACAAUGAAAGCUGUUUAUUGCAGACCUGA